AGUACAGUACCAAGGUAGUUUAUGGCUGCCUGGACCUGAACCAUGGCUCUCUCCCCGCCCUAGCAUGAACAAUUCCCAGUCAGCAAAUGAAAAGUGCAUCACUUGAGACGAAGGCUUUUCCACAGGGUCUGUGGUAUCAUAUAAAGGACUGCGGUUUCGCAUAUCUCACGAGUGGUGGUUUUGGAAGCUCCAUAAGGCGUUGCCGAUCAACGCGCUAGUGACGACAGUCCCAAAGCAAUCGCUGUUGCUCGUUGGUCUUCAGUGCACAACGCCCUCAACGGCCUUGCUGUUGCCUUCCACUCGCUCACUCUCUCCACGCUCUCUCCCACUCUGCUCCCCAUCUCCUCUGCGUCUUGUUUAGUGUUAUCGACUGCAUUCUUUAAUCAUGAACGGAAACCCGGCUGCGAGGCCCGUCGCGCCCGCAGCUGCAAAUGGCCAGCAGCCUCCCGUCCGCCGCCGUCGCCCGCCUCCACAGUCAGCGGCCCUGCGCCCUCCUCGACGGCCGCUCAAGAACAUCACCCGCCCGCUGGUGUCGCUGACGCAGAUGAACGAGAACAAGAACGCGCCGGGCCUGGUCAACGCCGACGGCACAAAGACGACGGACGCGCUGCGACAGGAGUUCCUCCAGCAGGGCGCCACGUCGUUUCCGCUGAUCGUCACGCGACGCGACCUCAAAGAGCUGCGGCACCACGUCAUGCGCCUGCAGAGCAAGACCAGGCUCGACAUCCAGAACCCAGACCACUUCACCGGCCCCAUCCGCCUCCAUCGUCGCGACCCGCGCGCCCCGCCCAGCGGAGCAGGCACCCACUUCGAGGAGGAGGACACAAAGGAGGACAUUGAAGAGAUCAAGGAGCGCGAGCGCAUCGAGCAGGCCAAGGAAGAGCGCCGCAAGGUUCGCGAGGAGAACCAGGCCAAGAUUGCGCCCACGGGCAAGACAAAGCCCCAAGCAUUCCAGAAGAAGACGGAGCAGAAGUACCGCCCCGACGACACCCCCGAGGCCAGGAAGCGCCAGCUGUUGCGGUAUGAGGAAACGCUGCCCUGGCAUCUCGAGGACUUUGAGAACAAGCAGACAUGGGUUGGCACAUACGAGUCGGAGCUGUCCGAGGCACAUAUUAUGCUCACGCAGAAUCCCAACGAUCCACACGGCGCCAUCCAACUGGCGCCCAUGGAGCGCUGGUACAGAUUCAGUGUCAAGGGCAAAGUCAAGUCCGUGGGCGAUGAUGUAGACAAGGUCAUGUACAAGGUCGAGAACGUGCCCUCUUUCCUCAGCCGUAUUGAGAAGCGCGCGGAGAAGAGGCAAAUGGAGGAAGAACAGUCACGAUCGCGCUAUGGAAUGAGCACACGGGUUGGUGGUGGAGCCGACGACGAGGGCAGAAUUCGAAGGUCGCGCAACGACGACGAUGUCCAUGUCAAGCGCGAGGCAGACGCCGACGACAUCGACUUCAACCUCGACGAAGACUUUGCUGACGACGAAGAGGGGCUGAACGGUCUAUUUGAGGGCGAAGAGCAAGAUGUCAAGGAAGCAACCGAGAAGCUCAAGCGCGAUCAACUCCAAGCCGCUCUGUGGGAACGACCUGACGAGGAGAAGAUUCGCCAGCAAGAAGAGCGAGACCGCAAGGACAAGGAGGAUGGCAAGUCUCAGGAGAAGUUUCUGACGAAGAAGCUGUUGAAGCAUGAGAAGCGAUACGACGAGUUUGGCGACAGUGAUCGUGAGAAUCCAUAUCUGUCGUCCAGCGAAUCCGAGUCCGAGUCGGACGAAGAGAAGGAGAAGGAGCAGAAGCGCAAGGAGGAAGAGAAGAAGGCCGCCGAAAAGGACAAGACCACUACGGAAGCAGGCCCCUCAGGCACCUCUGGAGCAUCGACCAAGGGGACCAACACACCGAAAGGCUCCAGCACACCAAAAGCCUCCAACUCCCGUUCCAGCACCCCAAAGCCCCUCACCAUCCUCCCAGGCGACCAGAAAUCAAAGAGCAAGAAGCGUCCCGGGUCAGACAUCGAGAGCGGCAACGAGUCGUCCCGGAAAAAGAAGAAGAAGGACAAACACGCUUCUUCCAAGCCCUCCAGCCCUGCCGCCAGCUCGGCGCCCACCCCAGAAAAAGUCCUGCCCACAGCCAAAGAAAUCUACGAAGCCCUGCCGCCCCAGGGCAUGACCAUCCAGGGCCUCAUCGCACAGUUCAAGUCCCGCGUCGACAAGGUCCACACACAGACGUUUAUUAGACUCGUGAAAGCCGUGUCCAGCUUCGACAAGGCAAAGUCCUGGUUGACGCCCCUGCCGCAGAUGCCGUCCGAGGAGCUUAUCAAUGCGCGAUUGGGUCACUAGCAGUUUGGCUCUCUCAGCAGGAGUAUCAAGGGGCUCGGGCUUCCUUGGGCAGGCUACAAAUUGUCGGAUCGCGGCGAGUGAGGGUUUGGUGCGUGGGUGGGGAUUUCUAGCUUCCUAGGCGCUGUUUUUGUAGGAGCGUGUACAGUAGAGUAGUAAUUAGACCGCGAAAUUCACAAAAAAAUCAGCGAAG